CCAAGAUACCAUCUUUUUUCCUCCGUCACGAAAAUGAAAUAUGGCGGUGAGACUAUUCUUAUUCCCUACCUUCCAUGAAAGGACGCAGAGGGGGAAGCAAUAAUGGUGGGUUGAAGAUAAGACUGCUCAAUGCAUGAGUGAUGGUUAAAAAAUUGGAUUUUGAGUUUGUACCCUGUUCAUUCUUUAGAAAAAAACCUCGAUCUUGUUCUCAACAGAAAACAUAACUGGAUAUUGCCCCAGCAUCUAUCCUAGUUUAUACACAGAAAUUGUGCUUUUGUAAGGAAUCUCCCAAGUCCACCAAGUUAACGUUGAUAGUUUAUUGCUCAAAAGCCCAUUCUGUAACACAAAGAUUUCAAGCUCCUAGCACUUUGUUUUGAAUUAACACAAAGUUUGAGGAUAUGGGUGCGUCCUUUUCAUUUCCGAAUUCCGUUCGGUUUAUCUUUCUCCUUUUCUGCAUCGGUUUUUCAAUCGGUUCAGCCACUUCCUCCUGUCCCAUGGAUCUCAGCUAUGUCGAAACCUUCCCAUGGAACACUUCACAGUGUCAACAGCCUAAUGGGAAACACUGUUGCCAGACCCUUCUCAGCCUUCUUGGCGUGGGAAUUGCCCAGUACCUCAAAGACACCUCCAUGUUCAACCUCCCGGAUGCAGCUUCUUCAUCUUCUUGCCUUUCCGAUCUCCAAACCAAGCUCGCCGCCUUGUCAAUCCAGCCCUCUUGGGUCCCUAUGUGUUUUAAAAAUUCAACCCAGUUCGUUGCUAAUCCUUCCCUUUGUGCUGGAAUCAUGACAACCCAAGAUUGGACUAAAAAGCUUGGUCCAAUGAAUGCAUUGGACGAAAAUUGCCGGGGAGACAUAAACUCGCUAACUCGGUGUGGCGCCUGCCUGGAUGCUGGCAUGAAGGUGAAUUCCAUAUUGAAACGUCUAGACCCGAAUGGCACAAUUUGCUAUUACUUUGUAUGCUUAUACGCUGCAGGGAUUGUUAACGAGUUCGGUCCAAAGGAUGUAGGGACUGCUUCUUGCAUUCUAGCCUUGCCAUUGUCUAGCUCAGCGGACAAGUCAUCAAAUCAUUGGAGCAGAAAAACUUCAACGUUGUUGAUUUUUGGAUGCUUGGGUGUGAUUAUUGGUCUAUUGAUUACCUUUAUAGUGAUCAAGCUGUAUAAGAGAUGGGACAAGAAAGAAAGGCAAAAUGGUGUGCAUGAAGACUGUGUUAGUAGUUUCAAAGAACGCGUGUUACCCAACACAGGUGCAAAAUGGUUUCAUGUAUCGGAGCUUGAACAAGCCACCAAUGGAUUUUCUCAGAUGAAUUUAAUUGGUCAAGGCUCAUCUGGGAUUGUGUACAGAGGAACUCUUGCAGAUGGCACUUGGAUUGCAGUGAAGCAAAUUCUUGAUUUGGACUCGAAAAAGGAAGAAGAGUUCUGCAAUGAAGUCGAGAUCAUCAGCAAAAUAAGGCACAGAAAUCUUCUUUCUCUUCGUGGUUGUUGCGUUACAAGCGACACUCUGAAAGGGACUCAGAGGUUUUUGGUUUAUGAUUUCAUGUUAAAUGGUAAUCUCAGCGAUCAAUUGUGCAUUUCUGGAGCUCAUGAACAUGGUAGGAAGAAAUUAACAUGGCCUCAGCGCAAGAAUAUAAUCCUUGAUGUGGCCAAGGGGCUUGAAUACUUGCAUUAUGGGAUCACACCCGCCAUUUAUCACCGAGACAUAAAAGCCACCAACAUACUUCUAGACUCAGAAAUGAAAGCUAGAGUGGCCGAUUUCGGGUUGGCCAAGCAAAGCAGUGAAGGCCAGUCUCAUCUCACCACCAGAGUUGCUGGCACUCUUGGUUACUUAGCACCUGAGUAUGCUCUCUAUGGGCAACUAACAGAGAAGAGUGAUGUUUAUAGUUUUGGAAUUGUUGUUCUUGAAAUCAUGAGUGGAAGGAAAGUGCUGGAAACAUCAAAUUCCACAGUGACAUUGAUCACUGACUGGGCUUGGAUGCUUGCAAAAUCAGGAAAUGUGAAUGAAAUUUAUGAUGAGUCCAUAAGGGAAGAAGGGCCAAAAGGUAUGAUGGAGAGGUUUGUUCUUGUUGGAAUGCUUUGUGCUCAUCUUAUGGUUGCAUUUAGGCCUACUAUAUCUGAGGCGCUUAAAAUGUUGGAGGGUGACAUUGAUAUUCCUAGAUUACUAGACAGGCCAUUGCCACUUGGUCACCAGUCAUUUAGAUCUUCUCUGCAGCAAUAGUACCUCAGGUUCUCAACAAGUGAGAGAUCAAGGCUCAGCUCAAGAUCUUUGUUGAUGGCACGGCAAUGACAUUGCAGGGCAUGUAAUCAAUUGACAGGAACAGUAAGUUUUAGACAUCUG